AUGGACUACAGCGACCUGGCCUCGAUGACGCUGUCAUCGCCGAUGAUCAACUACAGAAAAGACGCCAAAAAGGCGGUCAAGUUUCUGUUUAUGGUGGCGGGCGAGUCCGGCACGGGAAAGUCCACUUUUGUCAACUGCUUGUUGAACAGAAAGGUGAUGAACCAUAAAUACGAGGGAGUGGACGGUUCUGGCGACACAAAGACGUUGGCCUACACGUCUGCUCAAAACGUCAAUUUGCCAAAUGCCUCUAUCUUGGCUACCAACGAGUUUGACGCGUCGGCGGCCCAAGAAGAACCAGGUAUCGCCCUCACAGAAACCAAGGUGGAGAUUGUCGACGACGACGGCAUCCGCAUGCAGCUAAAUAUCGUCGACACGCCUGGCUUCGGCGAGAACUUGAACAACGAAAUGUGUUUUGUCGAGAUUGAGAACUUCUUGAAGCAGCAGUUUGACUUGGUGUUGGCCGAGGAAACCAGAAUCAAGAGAAACCCCCGUUUCGUCGACACCCGUGUGCACUGUCUCCUUUACUUCAUUGUGCCUACGGGCCACGGCUUGCGUGAUUUGGACAUUGCCACCAUGAAGCGCUUGUCCAAGUACGUGAACAUCAUCCCCGUCAUUGGCAGAGCCGACUCCUUCACCUUGGAGGAGAUCCAGCACUUCAAGCAGCAGAUCAAGAUCGACAUUGAGCGCUUCAACGUGCCCGUUUUCCAGUUUGACAACUUUGUCAGCGAGUACGACGAGGACGAGGACUACGACUUGAUCCAGGAGUGCAAGUACUUGACCCGCUUGCAGCCAUUCGCCAUAAUAGCCUCUGAGCAGGACUUUGAAAUCAAAGACACAAACACGGGCGAGACCAAGGUCAUCAAGGCAAGACAAUACCCAUGGGGUCUUGUCGACGUGAACAACCCUAAAUACUCUGACUUCCCCGUGUUGAAGUCGGUUCUCUUGGGCUCCCACUUGCAGGACUUGAAGGACUUGACCCACGAUUUCUUGUACGAGACCUACAGAACCGAGAGAUUGACCGGUGUUACCGGCAAGGGCAUUGACGAAGACGAGGACGAUACUUUCCACGACUCCACGGAUGCUCCUCAGGGUGUCACCAACGCCGUUCCUUCCUUGUCGAACUUGGCCAAGUUGACCGAUGAAUCCGCCUUCAAGCUUGACCAGGACAAGGACGACGAUUCCGACGACAACACUUCACUUUUGCUGAGCCUGUCAAAGAAGCCUCGCUCGAUGCUCAUAAACGAGGAAGCCCUGGCUGAAUCGCCCAGAGUGAGAGGAAACGCGUCAUUCACAUCUUCGGUUUCGUCCGUGACCGGCGGCGAGAGGGAGAGCCAGUAUAGCCACACUGACCGCUCAAACAACUCCUUCAAGAGAAUGUCGAUCGGGCCUCAGCGAAGCCAAUUGAGACAAAUCUCAGAGACGGUGCCUUACGUCAUCAGACAUGAGAGAAUCUUGGAGAGGCAGCAGAAGCUUGAAGAGAUGGAGCAAGCCAGUGCGAGAGAAUUGGCAAACAGAGCUCAGACGCUAGAGCAGAGAGCUGCCGCCUUGAAGGCCAAAGAGAAGUUGCUUUUGCAAAAAUUGGAGGCUUACAAGAAGAAACAAUCUGCAUCGGAAACGACAUCGGUAAAUACCGAGGGUGCCGAUACGGAAAAUGAAGAAACCCUGCAGAGCUUUGCCAUCAGAAAGGACGAAACGCUCACGGAUUUGCAUCUGGUAGUUAGCCAACAGUGA